AUGGGCUCCUCGCAAAAGCGCGUUUGGGUCCCGGGGCCUAUCAUAAUCGGCGCGGGGCCCUCGGGGCUCGCCGCAGCGGCGUGCCUCGCGGAGCUCGGCGUCCCCUCGACGGUGCUCGAGAAGUCGAGCUGCGUCGCGUCGCUGUGGCGCCACCGCACCUACGACCGCCUGAAGCUCCACCUCCCGAAGCGCUUCUGCGAGCUCCCGCUCAUGGGCUUCCCCGCGGGCUUCCCCAAGUACCCCACCAAGCACCAGUUCGUCGCCUACAUGGAGUCCUAUGCCGCCGCCUUCGGGAUCGCCCCGCGCUUCGGCGCCGAGGUGGUGCGCGCCGAGCGCGACGCCGCCGCGGGCGCGUGGCGCGUGACGACGCGCCUCGCCGCCGCGGGGCCGGGGCCGGGGGCGGAGGAGGAGGAGGAGGAGCUCGUGAGCAGGUGGGUGGUGGUGGCGACGGGCGAGAACGCCGAGCCCGUGGGCGCGGAGGUGAUCAGCGGGAUCGAGCGCUUCGCGGGGCGCGUCGUCCACACGAGCGCGUACAAAACCGGCGCCGAGUUCAGCGGCCAAAAGGUGUUGGUGGUGGGGUGCGGCAACUCCGGUAUGGAGGUGAGCUUGGACCUAUGUCGACACAAUGCCAAGCCCUCCAUGGUCGUCCGAAACUCGGUGCAUGUGCUUCCGAGGGAGAUGCUGGGGAUGUCGACGUUCGGGGUGGCGAUGGCGCUGCUGAAGUGGCUGCCGGUGCGGGUGGUGGACAGGCUGCUCCUGGCAGCCGCCCACAUGAUCCUGGGUGACACCGGCCGCCUCGGCCUGCGCCGGCCCAAGACCGGACCCAUCGAGCUCAAGAACCUAACCGGCAAGACCCCGGUCCUCGAUGUUGGUGCCCUCGACCAAAUCAAAUCCGGAAACAUAACGGUGGUGGGAGGAGUGAAGGAGAUAAUGAAGGGUGGGGCGAAGUUCGUGGACGGUAGAGAGGAGAAGUAUGACGCAAUCAUUCUGGCGACGGGGUACAAGAGUAACGUUCCCUCGUGGCUCAAGGAUGCUGACGAGCACUUCACAAAGGAGGGCAUCCCCAAGACUCCCUUCCCCAGCGGUUGGAAGGGGGACAAGGGGCUGUACUGCGUCGGCUUCACCCGCCGCGGCCUCCUCGGCACGUCCUCCGAUGCCGUCAACAUCGCCAACGACAUUUACCGGCAAUGGACGGAGCUGAGCGAUCAUUCGACCCCGCUCCACCACCUCUUUGACUUCAAAGUUUGA